CCUGUAACUCACAUCCGAGGCUGGGCGAGGAAUCCGGAGGGGAGAUUUUCCUCAUGCUCACGGUUGUUGGAAACUGGAAGAGUGAGAGGAAGGAGGAAGGGGAUUUGUGGCGCUCUCUACCUACUACAAGACUGACAAGGGGAGGGGGCACCUAAAUUUGCAUCUUUUCUUCGUGGUGAUUGAGAACUGCAGGUUCAAACCGAUCCCACUGAGCACUGGCGAUUGAUUAUAAAAAAAAAAGUCGACACUGGGAGAAGGGAGGCUCUGUCUUCGGCUGUCAGACUCAAUCUCGGAGGUGGUAUUGGUGUGUGAGUGUGUGUGGUGGUGUUUUUUUUUUUUUUUCCUUUUUUUUUCUUUUUUCUUUCUUUCUUUCCUGUUUUUUUUUUUUUUUUUUUUUUCCUUCUCUCCUAGGGGCUACACAAUGGCAGUCUUCUCUCAGUAAGAUGAAUCCUGCUUUGCCUUCUGCAGAUCCACCCAUCCUCAUAGCGAUCAAGUAAAAAGGCUAUGAUUUUCUCUUUGGGGAUCUUUUGUGCAUUACUGUUCUUCCUGAUUAGUUUUGAUCUCAGUUGGGAUCUCUUUGCUUUUUUGUUUGGUUUCAUGCUGAAAAAGGAUUUUUUCUCCGACCCUUUGGUAAUAAUCCGGUGGUGAUCGAGGGGGGAUAAAUCAUUCACCCUGGCCGAAAAAAAACAAUCACUGAGAAGUCUCAAAGAAAUAUACCACGUGAGGGGAAAAAACUGGGAGAAGAUCCGGAAUAUUAUCGUUUUUCCUAUGGUAAAACCGGUGCCCCUCUUCAGGAGAACUGAUUUCAAAUUAUUAUUAUGCAACCACAAGGAUCUCUUCUUUCUCAGGGUGUCUAAGCUGCUGGAUUGCUUUUCGCCCAAAUCAAUGUGGUUUCUUUGGAACAUUUUCAGCAAAGGAACGCAUAUGCUGCAGUGUCUUUGUGGCAAGAGUCUUAAGAAAAACAAGAACCCAACUGGAGAAUGUUGUCAGUGUUUCAGUCAGUGCUUGCUGCUGAGGCAGGAGAGAAUAAUUGUGUAAAGAGGGGCUCCUGCAGUGCAGGACAGGAAGCCACCAUGUGAGCACCACGUCCAUGUGCAGGUCGUAGGCUUCAUUAUAUCCUGAAUACCAUGCCUCAGCAUUUCAUAUCCCCAGCUCAAGGGUAUAGUGACCAGGUUAUAUUGCAGGCAAGGCUACUACUUGCAAAUGCACCCCGAUGGAGCUCUCGAUGGAACCAAGGAUGACAGCACUAAUUCUACGCUCUUCAACCUCAUUCCAGUGGGACUGCGUGUUGUUGCCAUCCAGGGAGUGAAAACAGGGUUGUAUAUAGCCAUGAACGGAGAAGGUUACCUCUACCCAUCAGAACUUUUUACCCCUGAAUGCAAGUUUAAAGAAUCUGUUUUUGAAAAUUAUUAUGUAAUCUACUCAUCCAUGCUGUACAGACAACAGGAAUCUGGUAGAGCCUGGUUUUUGGGAUUAAAUAAGGAAGGGCAAGCUAUGAAAGGGAACAGAGUAAAGAAAACGAAACCAGCAGCUCAUUUUCUACCCAAGCCAUUGGAAGUUGCCAUGUACCGAGAACCAUCUUUGCAUGAUGUUGGGGAAACAGUCCCGAAGCCUGGGGUGACGCCAAGUAAAAGCACAAGUGCGUCUGCAAUAAUGAAUGGAGGCAAACCAGUCAACAAGAGUAAGACAACAUAGCCAGAUCCUCACAGGUGUUGUGACUUAUUCGUCCUGAGCACAGUUGAGUGAUUUAUCCUCAGCAGACAUUCCUGCUCCAUGGCUGAAGAGCAGCAGGAAGUAAGCUAAUGCUUACUCUUUGCUGUCUCCGAACUUCUCUGUUGCAAGUGGAUAAAUCUCAACCUGUUGCACCCCCCACAACAAGAAGACACCUGGAUAACCAGCUAAACUCAGACCAUGGAAUGCCCUACCAGAUAUGGAAUGCCUUUUUAAUAUCUUUUCUGUGACUGUGACACUUCAUGUGAAUGACAUACUUCACAAGUACACUCGAUACCUUGCCUGCUGACAGCUACCCAUAAUCCUUUUUGAGUCCCGUUUCAGCGAAAUCUAUGUGUUUAAGUUCAAUUUUGUAGCACACAAAUAAUAUUGAGUAAUUUCUAGUUAGAUGCUGUAAACCUGUGCUAUUAUGGAUUUCUCUUCUUCCCAUUUUUACAGGGCUGCUCGCUCCACUGUCUGUGACCUUUUGCAGGGAUUUUUGUUCCUCUAAAUCUUAAAUGUUGCCGUUGGCUUAGGUCGGAGAGCAAUCAGGGAAUCAGGAAGCCUUCUAAACCUGUUAUUACAAAUUGCAUCUAUAAAGAUUAAGAUUGUUGUCUCUGGCUCACACUAUGGAUUAAACACACAUAUACGCUCUGUUCAGUAGCAGAUACUGUGCUCCCAAGGUCGGCAUUGCCUGGGUGGGAAAAUGGCUCAAACACAAUCCACGGAAGCUCUCUAUGAUAUGUGUUUGACAUCCCCCUCUAGUUUCUUUGUGUGUGUGUGUUUUAUACAUAUCACAAGCUUACUGGUAAUGGUAACAUUUGCCUUGCCCAGCGAGCAAGACCCACUGGUUUUUGAGAAAGUGGGUCCAAAGAUUUCUGUAGGCCUUGUAGGCCUGAUUAAGGUUCAUUUUUCAUCUAUUAAUUCUCAUUAUUUGGAAAAAAAAAAAAAAAAAAAAGGAAAACCAAUCAUUACAACCUACAAGAAUUGCGCUACCUAAAUCCAUUUCAAAUAUACUCCAUCCUGUUUUUAAUGAACCAAACUUACUUAACGCCAUCCCCGUUUCUGGCUGCGUUCCCCUCAUACUCAGCAGAGCAUGGGCAAGACGGCUGUUGUGUUCUUUCCUGCAGCAGCAAUGCAAACGUUAGUUAUAAAUUAGACUUUAAUAUUUUUGGUGUUUAAUGACAAGUUUUUAAACUGGACAUAUUAGGAAAAAUAUUUUUUUUAGCUCAGCAUGCUGAGUCCGGUACUGUGUAUUUCACCAGUACAUGCCUCUAACUCAGCAUUUGGGACUCCUGUUGCCCAGUGGCUAGGUUAGAGGUGCCUUGCCAUGAUCUCAGAAUACAGUCUGUUGAAUUAUUCUAGAUGAAAAUAAAGGCAAACCAACACAUUCAUCCAUCAGGAUUUUGGUCCAUUCCAUUUAUUUCCUUUUGUUUUAUUUUGCAUUCUUAAUUUCCUUUUUAAUUUAAUACUGUUUGAACUCUGAGCUUAGGGAAGACAACUACCAAGAAAGGCCAGGAACAGUUGACUACACAGUGAAGAUUCCAUGCAAAAUGUUCAAUACUGGAUCUAAAGGGGUUCAUACUAAACUGGGAAUAUAUUUGUUAACUCUGUGUACACCUAAUAAAAUUCAAUGUUUUCUUCUCAGAAGAGUUCAUUGAGACCAAACUGAACCUCAUUUAUUGAAAAUUAUAUGUGGGAUCAAUGUACUGGCCUCUUGUUAUUCUUUCUAUGUGGGCGGAUGACCCAGUCAUCAUUUUCCCCAUCUGCACUGUAUUGGGAAAUUAUUUUGUCACUGCUUUCAUAAAUCUUCAUGACAGCCCUUGCCCAGCAUUAAAAAAUUCUGGCCUGCUUAGCUGAUUAAAGGUUUAGUAUAAAUUUAACUGUUUAUGCUUAUUUCAUUUUCAUAUUGGAUUCUACUUGAAUAAAUAAAAAGUUAGUUAGCAGAAUGUUUGAGUAGAUUUAUUGUCAAUGAUGCUAAAUUACAAAUAUAACAAUGAUUCCUUUGGUCAUUUUUGAUUCGGUGUUAUGUCUUUUUGAAAUCUACUGUUUUUUAACAGCAUCAGUUAAAAUAACUUCCAUUAACCAAUUAUUUUCAGAAAACAUAUAUCCCAUAAUAUGUGGCCAACUAUGAGUAAUUAACUUGUAAUCCAAUCAAAUGGGCUUAUAGACACUACUUACAGCAACACAUCACACACACACACACACCACAAACAGUCCCAGCUGUUUGUUACUGAUAAUCAGCCCUACUUGCUGGUUUCUUUGUCCCCUGCAAGUCUGUUUAUUGGUUUAAAUUAUUAAGAUUUAUUUUUGUAAAUGACUGAGAUUUAUGUAAAUGUGUAUCUCUGUGGUGUUUUAUAGAUGGGGUGUCUAUAAGGGCAUUUAUCCCUAUGAAGGAUGUCAAAUACUUUCUUCUAAUAUAUGUUUAGACAUAUUGCAGAGGGGUCCUUGUUAUUUGUAAUUGAGUUAGGUCAUUUACUUUGUGUCUGGUCUCACCUGUUGCAUGGGAAGAGGACAGCACUGAUGAGCUGCAUGUAGUAGGUACCUGUGUAUCAAGAACUGUUGGUAUGUAUUGCUAAUUUGCAUACAAAGAGUUUGUCUGCAUUGUACAGUUUCUGUGUUUAAUAUCAUUUGUUGUAUUCACAAAUACAACAUAUUGAAUAAAAUAUUUAUAUGAAGGCAUAUUCAAAAACAUCAAACAACUUUAUGUAACAAAAUGGCAUUGCAUCACCCACCAAUAUAGAGAAAUGUCAUGUAAAUAAGUUGGUAAACUCAAUUUCCCCCUUUACCAUGCCAAAGAAAAUUUUAGCUCUUUGACGAUACCUCUCUUGCUAUUUGUUUGGGAUAAGACUUCGCCAUAUUUUCCCCUCAGAAAUUAAGUUUGCUGUUAUUAAGUAAGUGCAAUCUGUCACUACUGAUGUUCCGUAUAGUAAACCUGAUGGAAUUCA